CAAUUUCAAGCACAACACCGACGUAGGCGAAGAAGCGAUGGCUUUGUUGCUGCAGCAUCGCGUCAAGAAGCUCUUAUCCAGCUCGUCCGAGCUGACGCAAGCAAAGUCUUUACUUGACUCGCUUUCGGAACUCCUUCCCAACGACAUCACAUCCACGUCGUCGGCAGAGCUGCGCGUGUUGCUCAAGCCGAGUUUGGAUGUUGCAAGUUUGGACGCGGCGGAGGCGGUAUUGCGCGAGACAGAACGGCUUUUGUCGUCCAUGGAUGCAUUGAAGAAGCAAGCUGAUAUUAUGGAUCGAAAAUGCCGGCACAUCAUGGCGUUCCUCGAUUCCACUGACCGCACCUCGACGCUAUUUGUCACCCAAGCUGCCGAACUGAGAACACGAUGCGAUUCAAUUGGAACUUGAUUCGACCAAGGACUUUUUGCAAAAGUACCAAGUGUCGCUGGACGAUCUUAAACUCGUUGAGCAGGCGGCGCCACUGGCCGAGACGCAUGCGACGGACACUGCCAUGGCGUCGUACUUCCAGCUGUUGCACCGAUUGCAAGCGAUUCGAUUGAACUGUGAGCGCCUUGUGGCCGACAAUCCAGCUCCGUCGAGUUUGGAGUACUUGGAGGACAUUUGCCGUGCUCAAACGUUGGCCUUUGAGAAGUUGUACGCGUGGGCUAGCGUCCUUUGCAAUGCCGACGCGGCCGACCCAAGCGACGAUGACCUUGUCUCCGUCGGUGCCAUGGUUGAUACAUCAAACUCUGAUAGAAGCACAACUCGCCUCCUGCCCCAGGCUUUGCGAUUCCUUCGUGGCCAUGCUGCAUUUUACUCGUAUUGCGUCGACGCAUGGACGCAAAGUCGGCGCAACGGACUCCUGCGCCGCUUUGUGAAGGCAUUAACAAUCGGUGGGCCCAGCGGCAUUCCACGGCCGAUCGAAAUUCACGCUCAUGACCCCGUUCGGUACUCUGGAGAAAUGCUCGCGUGGGUGCACCAGACCCUCGUUGGCGAGGCAGAGUUUGUCAAGCGCAUGUUCGACGGUGACCAAGUCCGCGACGUACUUGGAAACGUAUGUGCUGCCCUUAGUCGGCCGCUGCAGGUUCGGCUUCAUCAAGUAGUCCAAGGCCCCACAACCACAAUUCUCCAACUCUAUGCCGUCGUCCACGUAUUGGCGUACUACCGUGCGAUUGUAUCGUCGAUGGUGCCGCUCGAAUCGGAGCUUGUCGUGUAUUUAGUCGAAGCGCAUCACGUGGCCGAGACGCACUUUUCUUCUCAAUGGCAGUCCCAACUCGACCAGUACCAAGCAGCUUUGAAGGACUCUUUGGACUUCAGUCUGUCGGCGGCACAUCCAACGCUGGAGAUUGCGCACAAAGUUGGCCACCUCAUCGACACGUACGUGAAUUCGCUCCGGCCUCACGGCAUCGAGGCUACAGAACUCGCCAAAGUGCUCGAUCCUGUCGUCCAAGCAGUGCUGAUUCCGCUGACGUCGGGUGGCGCGCUGCCUCCAAGUGAAAUGAACGUGUUUGUGCUGAAUCAGCUCGCGUGUCUCCAUGCAACCCUCGGACGUGUUGACGUGACGCGACCGUGGCAAGAUAGAAUUCAUGCUGCCAUGGCAUCGACAGUUGAGGCAGUGGCUCAAGCGCAGGCCGAUGGAGUUAUCCAGCGGAGUGGAGUCGCCUUGCUGUUGGCGGUGUCACAAAGUCAACCAGAUGCGCCGAACACUUCGUCGAGUCAGAGUGAAUUGGAACCGAACGCAGUCCGACUAGCAGUGCAUCUCUUCUGCACCCAACUCAUGGCGCUGCACCUACCAGUACUCGACCGCAUUGGUGCUCCAGAGUGGCGCAACUUGGCAGAGACCCACACAGCACACGCGCUGUGCAGUGCGUACGAUUCUAUCCACACAUUUGUGUCAGCCAGUCCGGCGUACCCCCCAGCCACUCUAGUGCACACUCCCCUGGAGAUUCGCACCAUUCUAGACAUUUGAAAGACCUCUGUCAAUGAAGGAAACCUCGCCGCCCACUCUCGUCCUUUUCGCUUAUUCCAGUUGUAAGGACUUACAUUAUGCCGACUUGGUUAGCC